CUUCGCAGAAACCUUCCUGUCCGCUCUUCUCCCUUUUGUGUCUCACACAGCUUUUUCAUCUUUCCUCCUGAUCUUCACCAAAACAACAUCAUUGCGCCCUUUGACCUCUUAGCAAAUAUUCGAUAUACCCAAAAGACGUUGAGCCCUUGAGCCUUACGCGAAACACAUAUCCAACAUGCCUUUCACCACUAGCGAUAUCUGCAAGAUUAUUCUUGCCAUCAUCCUGCCACCCGUCGGUGUCUUCCUCGAGCGAGGCUGCGGUGCAGACCUCCUGAUCAACAUCCUUCUCACAAUCCUGGGUUACUUCCCUGGUAUCAUCCACGCUCUGUACAUCAUAUUGAAAUACUAAGCCCGCCUUCCGCUCCCGUAUCCGCCGGAAUCAAAGCGUCAUGUCGUCGCACCGCAUCAUGUUGUGCAGACACCAAUUACUCCCACGUUUGACCGGCAAUUGUCGUUUUAGAAUGGAUGCGUCAGUGGAGGAGUGAAUUUUACGGUCGCCGGCUCACCACUUGGCCGGUCAUAGACGCCAUAAUGACAGUGGGCUUUCCUUUUAUGGCUUUUCUUUUGUUUUUUUUUU